GGAAGGCUCCAUACUGCAGGGUGAGAAGGGGCCGGCGCAGCUGCCGAGUUGCGAGUCGGCGAAAGCGGCGGGAAGUUCGUACUGGGCAGAAGACGACCGGUCUGCGGCUUCGGUGAAAAUGCCUCGUGUAAAAGCAGCUCAAGCUGGAAGACAGAGCUCUGCAAAGAGACAUCUUGCAGAACAAUUUGCAGUUGGGGAGAUAAUAACUGACAUGGCAAAAAAGGAAUGGAAAGUAGGAUUACCCAUAGGCCAAGGAGGCUUUGGCUGUAUAUAUCUUGCUGAUAUGAAUUCUUCAGAGUCAGUUGGCAGUGAUGCACCUUGUGUUGUAAAAGUGGAACCCAGUGACAAUGGACCUCUUUUUACUGAAUUAAAGUUCUACCAACGAGCUGCAAAACCAGAGCAAAUUCAGAAAUGGAUUCGUACCCAUAAGCUGAAGUACCUGGGUGUUCCUAAGUAUUGGGGGUCUGGUCUACAUGACAAAAAUGGAAAAAGUUACAGGUUUAUGAUAAUGGAUCGCUUUGGGAGUGACCUUCAGAAAAUAUAUGAAGCAAAUGCCAAAAGGUUUUCUCGGAAAACUGUCUUGCAGCUAAGCCUAAGAAUUCUGGAUAUUCUGGAAUAUAUUCACGAGCAUGAGUAUGUGCAUGGAGAUAUCAAGGCCUCAAAUCUUCUUCUGAACUACAAGAAUCCUGACCAGGUGUACUUGGUAGAUUAUGGCCUUGCUUAUCGGUACUGCCCAGAAGGAGUUCAUAAAGAAUACAAAGAAGACCCCAAAAGAUGUCAUGAUGGCACUAUUGAAUUCACGAGCAUCGAUGCACACAAUGGUGUGGCCCCGUCAAGACGUGGUGAUUUGGAAAUACUUGGUUAUUGCAUGAUCCAAUGGCUUACUGGCCAUCUUCCUUGGGAGGAUAAUUUGAAAGAUCCUAAAUACGUUAGAGAUUCCAAAAUUAGAUACAGAGCAAAUAUUGCAAGUUUGAUGGACAAAUGUUUUCCUGAGAAAAACAAACCAGGUGAAAUUGCCAAAUACCUGGAAACAGUGAAAUUACUAGACUACACUGAAAAACCUCUUUAUCAGAAUUUACGCGACAUUCUUUUGCAAGGACUAAAAGCUAUAGGAAGUAAGGAUGAUGGCAAAUUGGACCUCAGUGUUGUGGAGAAUGGAGGUUUGAAAGGAAAAACAAUAACAAAGGAAGGAGCACUCUGGCUGCUUUGUGGAGAGUGAAUCAGACACUGUUAGGGAGGCAGUCUGGAGUUGAGGCUAUUGCUGUGGUCCAUGCAGGAGGCGGUGAGUAACCAAGACCAUGGGUGGCAGUGGAGAUGCAGAGAAGGGUGCAUCUGACAGAGACUUUGAAGGGAGAAUCGGAUGAACGUGGAUGUCACCUGCAUCUGAGGUAGGGAAGAGGAGGAGCAGGUGAAUAAAGUUCUAUUUGUGAAAAAAAAAUUUCAUCAUAUGUGACAUCAAGUAUAAACAAUUAUAUAUUUAAUAUAGUUUAUUAUAAAUGCAAUAACCUUUGUAUUAGAUUAUGGUUUAUAUUUAAAAUUGUGUGAACAUUUAAAUAAAAUAUGAGUAAAGAAACCAUAGAAAACUAUAUGCAUUCUCAUGAGAAUAAUAAUAAUCAUAAAUACUCAUUUAGUCUUUACUAGAUGGCAGAUUGUACAUUUAUUAGGUCAUUUAAUCCUCAUCAUAAAUCUAUGAGGUAAAUACUAUGUUAUUAUCCCCAUUUGACAAUGAGAAAACUGAAGCAUUGGGAGGUUAAGUAAUUUGCUUUUUUUUUUUUUUUUUUUUUUGAGAUGGAGCUCAUCCAGCUAGUGAAUGUCGGAGCCAAGAUUAGAACCUAGGAAGUUGGGUCCAGAGCCUUCUUUUUAAAAAAACACCGAGAUAUUAUAUGUUGCUUAGAGAGUAUAAAUAUAAAGAAAUGAUGAGCCCUCAAUUUAGAAGAGUGGUUACUUUAGGGUAGGGGAAAAAGAGGAUUUGAUGAGAAGACACACCUGGGGCUUCAGCUGUGUUGGUAAUGCUUUCUUAAACUCUUAGGUGGUACAUGGUGAUGAUUGUUCUGCCGUCUCUAACUCUGUGUACAUGUUAAAUAUUUCAGAGCAAAUAUUCAUGUUCCACACAUGUGAGAGAUGGCUGUUGGAUCAAAAUCUUCAGACAUGCUAAACCUCUUUCAGAGUGUGUGGCUGAAAUUAAGUGACUCUCAGACUUAGAAGAAGCACACUUAUUAAAAAUCCACAGUAAAUAUUUGUCGAUCUUUGCUUUGUGAUUUUCUGGAUUAAUCUUAUUUGGAAAUCCACAGUCUCCCACUGAAAAAGCAAUCUGAAAACGAAGGACCUGGUGUCAGUUAGGAAUUUCAAGCAAUAGAGGUUGGACCAUUGUGGUUUCAACAAAUAAGGUAUUAUCUUUUCACUUAAUAAGACAUUUUAGAAGGAGGCAGCUGCUAGCUAACAUAGGCGCAGUAGCUUCAAAAUGUCAGGCUCAGGAUGCUUGUAAUUUUUGGGGUCUUUUCCUCAUAGUGCCAAGAUGGCUGCUGCAUCUCCAGCUAUUGGGUCCGUUACGAGCAGCAAGGCUUAAAGCAUGUAGCUCCCCGCUGAGUCAACUCCCUUUAAGAACUUUCCAGAAAACUCCAUCCAACUUUUACUACCUACAUGUCACAGGCUGCCCCAACUGCAAGGAAAAAUGGGAGAUGUACUUUCCUUUUUUUUUUUUUAAGUUGGCAAAUUACCACCUGCCAAAAUAUAGGGGUUUUGUUAGUGAAGAGGAAAGGAAAGACAGAUUUUGAAUAUUUAUUAGCAGUCUCUGCCACAGACCUCCACGAUCCUUCUUUUCUCUUUUUUUCCAGUGAUGCAGAAUAAAGUGGCAAAUUGAACCCCACUUUUGUUUCUUGCUAAUUGUUCUCAUAAAAUGCCCUUUUCACUCCAAGCCCAAGGCAGCUCAUUUUAGAAUGUCCAGAAAAAGAAAAAAAGGAAAAGGAAACAUGGAAAAUUCUGAGUCACAGAAUAUUUCCUAUAUCACAGCAGAAAAAAAUUGGACUCUUCUAAAAUAAUGGUACUGGGAAGACUUUGUGUUUUUCCCAAUUUGCUAUAGUUUUGAGUUGUUAAAAGUCACUUUCAGUUUUUAGAAUACUAGAAGAGUUUCAAUCAAGCCAUUUUAAGUAAGACCCAUUCAUGACAGAGUUUAUUUCCAUUCUGUAUUGUCCUUUUCUUUUUGUAAAUACCACAGAACUUGAGUGUUUGCUUUUUCAUUUGUUAGUUUAUUUAUUUAUUCUAGCGUUCCAUUCAACAGCCAGACAGCUGGGUUAUGGAAAUGCCAAUUAUGAAUUCCCCACAGAUCUGAGCACUGAAUUUUCCACAAAACUGUUUGAUUUUUUUUUUUUCUCUCAACAAGGCAAGCUAACUAAAUUUUAAGCAAACUUUAGACAAAGAACUCAAUAAUACCUUUUGCCAUGAUGCAUUAUGGAAAUCAGGAGGACAUUUUUUUUUCUCCAAAAGAUAUCAUAUUUUCGAAUCUAAAGUUACACUGCACAAGAGGCAAUAGAAGUUUUUCUAUGUGCUAAAUGACAUAACUACUUUCAAUUAAGCUUUGUAAAGCACUUUACAGUUUACAGAGCACAUUCAUAUGCAUUAUCUCAUGUUUGGAUGCUAUUUCAGCAGUCAUUACAGAGAGGGCCACUAUGUGGGCUUGAGAGGCUGUUUGGCCACGGGACAGUGCCCUCUGACAUUUAUUUCUGUCUUUCGUGAUGACUUGCCGACCCCCACCCCAGCCCUAAUAAUUUGACAAAAUUACUGAUUAUUUCAGCAUCAGUAGAUUGUAUGAGCUUCCUUUAUGUGGAGAUUUCCUUUACAAGCUCUUCUCAGCAAGGAGUUAUUUGAAAACAUUUAUUUUAUUUAUCUAUUCAAUAAACACUGUGUGUUAUUUGGUGCUAAACAUUGAGUUUAAAUGCUUAGUUACAUUUGGCCAUUCAACAACCCAAUGCCUCGUCUCAUUUGGCCAAACAACCCUACAAAGAAGAGACUAUUGUGAUCCACAGUUUAUAGUUGGGGAAACUGAGAACCAGAGAAACGAAAGGUAGCAAGACUACAACCACCUAACCCUUACUCCUUGCUGGUCCCCUAAUUGUAAAGCGCUUAAGUCAAUAAAAGCAAAGUUAUGUUUUGUGA